UCCAUUUCUUUUUGUUUUCUUCGCUUCUAUGCCUCCUCACGUGUUAUCAUUCAACUGUUCUUUUCAUAAUCACAACAGUGAUCGUUUUAAGUAAAAUCAUCAAAUAUAUAUAUAAAGGACGAAACAAAUACGAAUAAAAAUAAAGAAACAAGGGCUGCGGAGGCAGUCGCGUCGGGUGUUAGGGAAGGCGGGGAUCAGGAGGGUCCUAGGUCAUGUACGUGACCUGAGGUCAUUCGUUUACCCACCUGUUCACCUGCAGCAUGUGUCGCUGUUUCUCCCCGGUGGCCAAGUUACUAUACCUGUGUACUGUUCGUGCUGUGUUGUGUCAAGCUCAGUUAUGGGCGUCUGCGCCCCGUAUGCCUGGAUACCCUUAUCAGCGGGUUCCUGCAGUGCCCACUGCGUCACCCUCUGCCCCUGCGGCGCCCGUGUGGCCAUCUACGUGGAACAUUUCUCCUGCGCGCUCUCCUUACCCUCCUUACGGAGCUACAGGAGGAGCGCCGAGGGCACCUCCUAAAACCUCGCCAGGAGGAGGAGCAACAUGGAGACCAGGUUAUAACCCUCUCAAGGCGCCCUCGCUUGGCGGUCCUGAAGCACCGCUUCGAGGCGCCCUUUCCCCUGCGCAAGGCUGGGAUGGCCUCGGAUACCGCCCUUGGAGACGUCCUUCUCCGGAGGCAGAAAAGAGGCUCGAUUCUGCGUCGGAUUCACUGCUGAUUCCUUCGUCUGGCUUGGCGGGCAAUCCUUGGCAGAGCACGUCGAUUCCUUCGCUGAACGCCACUGCGUCGCCGAGCGCCUCUCCCUCCACGCCGACGCCGCCGACCGUUCCCAGUGACAUGCCAGAUGCUUUUGCUACGCUGUCUCCUACAACUCCAUCACCGCCACUCACCACGGGGCCAUCCGCGCAGCCAACAGAGACAACCGCAACGGCAUAUUUAACUACUCCAUCUACUGAUAUUGCCUCCGCCUUACCAACAACCACAUCGUCAACCACGACCAGUGAUGCCCUUUCAAAAACCUCACCCACCACGAACACGCCACCAGCAACUUCAACUUCGACUUCUAUUGCUCCUUCAUCUACUAUAUCUACCUCCACUGCUCCUUCAUCUACUAUAUCUACCUCCACUGCUCCUUCAUCUACUAUAUCUACCUCCACUGCUCCUUCAUCUACCUCCACUGCUCCUUCAUCUACUAUAUCUACCUCCACUGCUCCUUCAUCUACUAUAUCUACCUCCACUGCUCCUUCAUCUACUAUAUCUACCUCCACUGCUCCUUCAUCUACUAUAUCUACCUCCACUGCUUCAUCUCCUAUAUCUACCUCCACUGCUCCAUCUACUAUAUCUACCUCCACUGCUCCUUCAUCUACUAUAUCUACCUCCACUGCUCCUUCAACAUCUAUGUCAUCUACUCCCAUUGGACAUUCAUCUACCUUUACUACCCAGUCGUCUACUACAUCUACCUCCACUGCACCGCCAACAGCUAUGCCAUCUACCUCUACUGCACCUUCAUCUACUGCAUCUACCUCUACUACACCCUCAACAACUAUGUCCUCUACCUCUAUUGAACCUUCAUCUAUAUCUACCUCUACUACACCUUCAUCUACUACAUCUACCUCGACUGCAUCAUCUACAUCUACCUCUACUGUAUCAUCUACAUCUACCUCUACUGCAUCUUCAUCUACUACAUCUUCCACUAUACCAUUAACAACUAUGUCAUCUACCUCCACUGUACCUUCAUCUACAUCUACCUCUACUGCUCCUUCAUCUGCUGCAUCUACUUCCACCGCACCAUCAACAACUAUGUCUUAUGCAUCCACUGUCCCUUCAUCUCCCUCUACUGCACCUUUAUCUACUACAUCUACCUCUACUACACCCUCAACAACUAUGUCCUCUACCUCUAUUGAACCUUCAUCUAUAUCUACCUCCACUGUUCCUUCAUCUACCUCUACUACGCCUUCAUCUACUACAUCUACCUCGUCUGCAUCAUCUACUACAGCUUCCUCUACUGCAUCUUCAUCUACUACAGCUUCCACUAUACCAUUAACAACUAUGUCAUCUACCUCCACUGUACCUUCAUCUACAUUUACCUCUACUGUAUCUUCAACCUCUACUGUAUCUUCAUCCUCUACCUCUACUGCUCCCUCAUCUGCUGCAUCUACUUCCACUGACGCCUCAACAACUAGGUCAUCUACCUCCACUGAACCUUCAUCUACAUCUACUUCCACUGGAGCUCCAUCUACCGCUAUUGCUCCCCCAUCUAUCUACCUCCACUGCUCCGUCGACAACUCUCCUACAGCGCCAUCAGCCCCAUCCACCCCAUCAGCGAGUCCGCCCGCGCCUACACCCACGCCCUCCACCACAACCAUUACAUCUGCAACUGACGACGCAGCAGGACUCGCACGGAGCGCCUCUCUGCUGCAGCUCCUGAGCGUCCUGUCCCGCGCGCCGCUGCCGUCGCGUCGGGGAUCAGGAAGCAGGAACUUGCCUCCGCCUCUCAUCCCUUCGUCGUCCUUCAGCGGUGGUGGGGACGCCCUCGGAGAGGAGGAGUCGGUGGUCGUGCAGUCGCUCUCUGCUUUCGUGGCAGCGCCGAUUGCCUUUAGGGCUACGACUCCGCGCCCGCAAGGCCACCGUGACGACCCCAUGGCCCCGGCUGCGUCGGCUACCACCAUCGCUCGGCCUGCCCCUACUACUCCUUCUCCCCCGGCGAGGAGGCCCCACAGUACCCCUGCUUCACCUGCCCCGACCGGGUCUGGCGCCGCUACGACACCUGCCACCACUUCUGUCACUGCCAACACCCCGGCAAGGUCUUCAACAUCCACUGCGUCCUCAACUUCUUCAAUUACCUCUUCUACAACCCCGGCAUCGCCUACAACUUCUGCCACACUUACAGUUCCUGCCACUACCUCAGCAGCGACAACUUCAUUCUCAAGUGCCAUGCCUGCCACCACUUCAGACUCGACCUCACCCUCGACAUUCAUAGCCACAACACCUGCCACAGCUGCAACUUCAAGUGAGUCCGCCGACUCGCCCAAUACCCAGGCCCCUUCUCCUGAGAUCACUUCAACUUCGUCUCCAGCCCCAGCCUCGCCCGCAACCUCUGCCGCCGCCCAAUCUACUUCCAGCCCGCCAACGGCCACCUCUAGCACAGGGUCGUCCCCGGCAGCGCCUCCCGCCGACCCCAGCGCCGAAGCCUCCAAAGGAACCGUGCAAAUCCCUCGCUUCAUCUGGGUAGUGAUUUACACGGUGGUCAUAGCGAUGACGCUCAUCGCUAUACUGACGGUGGCGUCGCUCGUCGAACAUUACGUGAAAGACCUGAAAAAUGGCCCACACGAGCGAAAGUGUUCCUGCGAGGAGUGUCCGGGCGGCGAGGAAUGCGGCUCGUUAAGAGUGAAGGAAAAUGUUAGAGAUUGUCCUUAA